AUCAAAAGGCAAUCGAGGCAUGGUGGCGGACCCAGAACGAGCAGAGUUUCUCAAGAAGGUGGGGGGACAUUACGAACCACUGGACGACAAUGUAGACGAGAAGCACCAAGCGUUUAGGCUGUUUACGGUGAUCGGGUUUGCCUACCUGUUCUCAUGCUUCGCCCUGCUGCAACCGGUCGACUACUGGCACCACCUCUUCCCCACCUUCAACGCCGAGUUUGAGAUCGCAUGGGUGUACAACCUCGCCAGUGUGUCCACUCUCCUGCUCUUGCUUUGGUUCGGCGCCGCGCCAUCGUACAACUGGCGCAUCGUCGGAGGGUUCUCCGUUAUCCUCCUGUUCAUGGUGGCGCUGCCAGCGUCGCAUUAUGUGUUCACCACUUCCAUGCAGCACCUAGUCAUGGUUCUGGGUAGCACGGCCAUCAUCUCCGUGUCCGUCUCGACCGUCGAUAGUACCGUCCUGUCCUUGGCGUCGCUGUUUCCUGUGGGGGCCAUGGAGGCCACGCAGGUGGGCAUGGGCUGGGCGUUGUUUGUGUCGGCUCUGUACCGCGUGGCCACAAAAGCGUUCUUCUACUCGACCGACUCUGUCGUACCCGCCACGAUGUUGUACUUUGCGGUGACCGUCGCCACGGUAGCGGGUGGCCUUUUCGCGUACGUCCAACUGCAUCGGUUGUCCAUUACCCAGCGGUGCAUCCAUCAAGCGCACGCGUCGCAAGUCGUAGACUUGUCCAUGUGGCCCAAGCUCUGGUUCAACGAAUGCAUGGUGGCGCUGUCUUUUGGCAUAACGUACGUCGUGUAUCCUGGCGUCCUCACGACCAUCCCGAGCUACAAUUUCCCCGCGUCGAACGCCAAUGGGUGGUGGCCGCUCGUUCUCAUGACGACAUUUGCUGGAUGCGAAGCGGUGGGUCGAUCGUGUGUCCGAUGGCGCCUUGCCACCCACGACACCAUUUGGAAACUGGUGGUGCCGCGGUUGCUGCUGAUCCCGUUGAUCGUGUGCGCCGCCAAAGGGGUACUGACGCAUGACGCCAUCUCCGUGCUCAGUGUCGCGCUCGUCGGCUGGUCUAACGGCUACGUCGGAACGUUGGCUGUGGUGGUGACCAAUGACUGCGUUGACGACCACGAACAGAGCGUCACGGGUAUGUUUGCGAGCUUGGGCAUCAACGUUGGCAUCUUAGCAGGGGCCACCGUGAGUGUGAUCGCCGCCCGUGUCGUGGGGUUGUAGAUGCUACAGGCAGUCGACAAGGGCCAACCCCCCGUACUACCGUUAUCAAAAAUACAUACACCGCCGCCUUCGUUGACUGAUAUAAGUAAACACUGGAACCAGCGCGGCAAACGGUAUGCUGCACGACAGGUUCACCUGGGGAUGCACGUUGCGAGUACAUAAAAGUAUUGUGUUUUAAGCAAAAUUUGGGCUUUUGUGCUGAUUCGCCAAAUCU